GUGAUGACAUGUACCUGCUGUGCACUGAAAAUCAGACGAAUAUGACGGGGUAUGCAGUGGGUCACAUCCAAUCGAUGGAGCAGUACGAUGGACUCGCCGAGUUUCUCACCAAGGAACUGAAUAUCAGUGGCUAUGACAAGUGGAAAAUGAAACAGGUGGGUGUGGACGAUGCCAUUUCCUGGCUCCUCUGUGAGAGCAACUCUAUGUACUGUUGGAACGAAGAGUAUGCAAUCGGGGCAGAGGAAGGUAACAUUGGGGAGAGAUCUUGCAAUGGAAAUGGUGAAUAUGGGACGCAGAAGUGGAAUUGCUCCGAGAAUGGAUUCGAAUUGAUCCAGGACUGUUAUGGUGAUCUCAGUGGAUGGAUCGAUCACCUCUUCGAUUCCAAUAUUUCGAACCCGCUGGAGGCGCUGGAGAACUUUACGCUUGCCAUCGAGGGAGAAGAAAGUCUCUCCGGAGAGGAAAUCCAGACCAUAUUGUCGUACCUCGAAUUCCUAUUUAACUUAUUCCUGGACGACCUGGAGGACGCCGACGACCCCGUUUCCAUGUCGAGUGAUUACCUCUCCAAUCUGACCAAGGUUGUGGACCUGGUCCUGAACGACUUCAGCGCGUGGCUAGAAAUCCCUUCGGAAAACCGGAGCCUGACGUUCUCCUCGCUGACGGAAACGAUGACGAAGUCGGGGCUGGAGCUGGCCGAUGCCUUGGUCUCACGCUUUGGGGUGGAAUUUUCAUUCCGGGAUGGCAGGAGAAAUCUCCUGAUCGAGGUGUGGGGAAAACGGAAGAGCGACUGUUCGGAUCCCCUCGUCUUUCCGAGCGAGAAGGGGAAGACGUACGCGACGCUCCCACGAGGUUUCCAGGAACAAGUUCAAGGCGAGAGCUACGCCGUCGUCGGUGUGCUUUAUCGCCUGGAGAACUUGAACGCGCUGCUGCCCGGCAAUCGGACCUCGUGA